GUUGGAAACGUCAUCCGGGUGCUUUAAAUUCAACGCAGUAUGCGGGCAACUGCAGGGAGCAUACAAUUAACAAGUUGCCGAGCUCUUUCUUCAGUGAUGGAUUAUGCUCUGAAGUCUCUCAACCUCCUGACUCAGUCUUCUUUAAAAUGUGUGUCAGCUAGUGCAUCCGUAACCCAGCAGCUUCUAUCAAGACAAGUAUCUCGGCCAAAACCUUUUCGAGUGACUAAUGCCGAUCGUAGUUUGAAGAAGGGCAUCAUGGCGGAUGCGUUAGACGAUCUGAUGAACAAGGUGAGCGACUCAUUAAAUGUGCUGUGUGCCAGUAGCCUGGUCCUGGAUGAAGAUGGCACAGGUGUGGACACUGAGGAUUUCUUCACAACACUGCCUGACAACACUGUUCUCAUGGUGCUGGAGAAAGGAGAGAAGUGGACCCCAUCACAGAACGGCCUCUCGAGAGAUCAGCUCAGUAAACGCAGGCCACAGCAACGGACAGAUGUGGCCAAGGUGACCUUUGACCUGUACAAGAACAACCCCAGCGAUUUCAUCGGCUGCUUGAAUGUCAAAGCAACACUGUACGGUGUUUACUCCUUGUCUUACGAAGUGCGCUGUUAUGAGGCCAAGAAGAUGUUGAAGGAGGCUUUGCGAUGGACUGUCUUCUCCAUGCAGGCGACUGGCCACAUCCUGCUAAGCUCCUCCUGGUACAUGGAGCAGCUAAUGGACCAGGAGGAGGAGGAGGAGGACGACGACGAUGAAGAGCACGAGCAAGUAGAGGACAGACCAGAGAAGGCCCUGUUGCUCCAUCGGGAAAGCCGAAUCUGUCAGUUGCAGCGUUUUCUCUUGCGUCGGGCAACCUUCUGAUGAUGAUGGCGUUUCUGUUAAAUUAUCUGCUGAACCUGUGUGGGCAAAGCGGCGCUCGGUCAAGUCGGCGUAAUUGGCAACAGGUUCAGCUGUCUCUCCACCCUGCUUGCCUAAUUGUCCCCUGGCUGCUUCUGCCCUGUCAGCUGCAGCUGGCUGGAGGAAGAAAGAAAAGACAGUUGAGGGCUGGAGGAAGGAAAUCUUACUGAAUGUGUUGAAGUGCAAAAGGCUGGAUGGAUCUUCGACAAAUUGCCUGCAAGGUCGGCUGCAUGAAAAUUCACACAUCCUUGUGUGAUCUAGUUUAUUUUAGUCCUGUCCUAUGCAACAGAACUCAGAUCUCUUGUAUAUUGCGAUUUUUGUUGAAGAUACCAAUAAAAUGAGAAUUCCACGUCA